GUUUCUUAUGAAUAAGAGGGGAUCUUCGCUGGUUGUUCUCAAAUGACUGCCCAGAUGCUGGGCAAAACCACCGCACAAGAAAGAUGCAACAUAAAUGCACGUUACUUGGGCUGCUCCCGUGCGACUGUUGUGCUCGCCCACAAUUUACAACUCAUUGUCUCCAAAGGGCUUCGCGCUUAGAGAACAACAAGAGGGGAGGGGUCCCUCUCGACAGGUAGACUAGGGGGUGACUUCGAGGUAGAUUUGAAUGCACUUAAUCAUGAUUUGCGGCUAAUUGCUUCACUAUGAUCGAUGAUGUGCAUCAUACGCGUAUCUCUGGUUUGUUAGUCACUUUGCUUAUGAAAAAGCUGUGCGUUUGCUGCUGUUAUUUUGGAUAUUAGAUUUGGGGUUUAAUCGGAUGUAAACUUCUGUCGGACUAGUAGAUUCUAGUGGCGAUUCUGCGUGUUUCGUUCGGCUGCCGGUGUUUGGAGUCACAAUACUCCUACGCUCUAGGCAUCAUUCUGGAUUCUUUUUUCUGUCGACGACUAGAGUGAGAAACCUUACACGUCCGACUUCUUCGUCUCUUUAGCACCUGCUUUGCUUUAGAGAUGUGAGCGAAUCUUGCAUAUCACAGUUGUACAAUCAUGCAACCAUUCUCAGCGAAGACAUGUAUUCAUUUCAAAACGAAAUACAGAAUAUAGUCUGCAAUUGUCAAUUUGGCAUGAUGUUUCCAGCCUGCGCAUCGUCUUCUUCAGCAUGGACUUGAAACCGAAUUGAAACUGUUGCGUGGUGAUUGGAGUGGAUUGGGGCUCACACCGAGUUGGACGAUGCAUUCGGAUAGUCGGUGAGACAAACAGGUACUAUCAACUGAUCACGGUACUUGCAUCAUCGUGUUUUGUAUUUGUUCAAGGGGAUUAUUCGGAUGCUACUCACAGGAUUGAACACCUGGAGGAAAAAGUGAAGUCGUCCAUUACGGAGUCCCGGAAAAAGAUGCUGAGCAGCCAAGGGCAAGGCUCCACCCCCUGCGCUGCCUGCAAACUCCUCCGGAGACGAUGCGCCCAGGAGUGUCCAUUCUCGCCCUACUUCUCCCCCCAUGAGCCCCAGAAAUUUGCCUGCGUCCACAAAAUCUUCGGCGCCAGCAAUGUUUCUAAGAUGCUGAUGGAAGUGCCGGAGAACCAGCGUGCCGACGCCGCAAGCAGCCUUGUCUACGAGGCGAACGCGCGUAUCCGCGACCCAGUUUACGGCUGCAUGGGUGCCAUAUCCGCUCUCCAACAGCAAGCGCAGGCGCUUCAGGCCGAGCUCAGCGCUGUCAGGCAGGAAAUCACUCGCUACCGACAGCACGAUAGCUCCCCGACCGACAGUGCCCCCGCCACCACCACCACAUCUGCGUCUGCGUUAGUUUCAGGCUACCAAAAGCAAGUUCGGGAGCGAGGGUCAACCUCUGACACGCAAUCCAGCAAGCCUUCCACAUCCGAGGUUUACACCACCGUGCAAUCCCCUAGCAGCACAGUGGCAACUUCGGAGUCUAACGAUGCUCCAUACUGGUCGUCCAUCAGUUGAUCAAUCGAAUUCCAACCCCAGCAGGAUCCCUACGGAGCUUCGAUUUUCCUAGGAACACACCCAAAUGGGGGCGAUCUCCACUGUCAGUUGUAUCAACCGACACUCUGUCGUCGAGACCUAGGUUCAGGGCUCUCUGAUUCUCUAGGCUCUGUUCGCUUCUAGGCAACCGCAACCGUCACUGAACUCUUCGGAGACAUGUGCCCUGGCCAUCUUUCCUUGUUCUACCCACAACGUCCUGAGCUUCCUCUCACAUUUGUGAUGAAGGAACUAGCGUUGUGGAGCUGAAAUGAAUCCGUGUUCCUUGAUCCAAACCA